AUGUCCAAAGAAGCCGUCCGCACUGACAAGGCGCCUGCGCCCGCCCCAAUCUACAGCCAGGCAAUCAAGGCCAACGGCCUCAUCUUCUGCUCCGGUCAGACCGGCAAAGAUGCCACUGGGACAUAUGUCUCUGGGACGGUCCAGGACCGCACUCACCAAUGCAUAAAGAACCUAGAGGCUGUCCUGGUGGCCGCGGGCUCCAGUCUCGACAAAGUCGUCGAGGUCAACGUCUUCCUGGCUGAUAUCGACGACUUUGCCAAGCUUAACGAAGUCUACAUCCAGUAUUUCGGCGAUGUCAAGCCUGCACGCACAUGCGUCGCUGUUAAGAACCUGCCGGACUACACAGACGUAGAGAUCAAGUGCACUGCCCUGGCAUAA